GCUCUCCUUUCCCUCUUGAAGCUCCGCUGUGCAGCUACGCCUCUCGCCUGUCUGUCGGUGUAGUAGUAACUAUAACCCGCCCGCCGCGCGCUCAGCUCGCAUUUUGUGUCACGGUGCCACCGGGAGAGGUGCGACAGACUGCUGCGCGUCAAGGAAUACCAGUCACCAUCCGCACAGUUCAAGCGACAUCCCGCCGCGGGCAAUGACAUUGGCAGACUGAAGUGGGAAUACACGAGUAAACGCAAAAAUGACGGUGGACUUUGAAGAAUGUAUAAAAGAUUCACCCCGAUUCAGGGCCGGUAUCGAUGAUGUGGAGACGGAUGUGGUUGAAAUUGAAGCAAAGCUUGACAAGCUGGUGAAGCUGUGCAGCGGGAUGAUUGACGCCGGCCGGGCCUACGUCAGCGCCAACAAGCUCUUCGUUAACGGCAUCAAAGACCUGUCCCAGCAGUGCAAGAAGGAGGAGAUGAUAUCGGAAUGCCUUGAAAAGUGUGGAGAGAGCCUCCAGGAGAUCGUCAACUACCACAUGAUUUUGUUUGACCAGGCUCAGAGGUCAAUCAAACAGCAGCUUCAUACCUUCAUUAAAGAGGAUGUUCGUAAGUUCAAGGACACCAAGAAGCAGUUUGACCGCGUGCGCGAGGACAUGGAGCUGGCCCAGGUGAAGAACGCUCAGGCGCCCAGGAACAAGGUGCACGAGGCGGAAGAGGCAACGCAGGCCCUCAUCCUCAGCCGCAAAGCCUUCAGGCACCUGGCCCUGGACUACGUGCUGCAGAUUAAUGUGCUUCAGGCCAGGAAGAAGUUUGAGAUCCUGGACGCAAUGCUGUCCUUCAUGCGGGCCCAGUACACUCUGUUCCAGCAAGGCUUCAACAUCUUGGAUGAAAUUGACCCCUACAUGAAAAAACUGGCUGCACAGCUGGAUCAGCUGGUCAUCGACUCGGCCAUGGAGAAGAGGGAGCUGGAGCACAAGCACGCCCUCAUCCAGCAGAGAACUCUGAUGCAGGACUUUUCCUAUGAUGACCCGAAGCUGGAGUUCAACGUGGAUGCACCCAAUGGUGUGGUCAUGGAGGGCUACCUAUUCAAGAGGGCUAGCAAUGCUUUCAAGACCUGGAACAGGCGGUGGUUUUCUAUACAAAACAGCCAGCUGGUCUACCAAAAGAAACUCAAGGACUCGUUGACAGUGGUGGUUGAAGAUCUGAGGCUUUGCUCGGUCAAACCGUGUGAGGACAAUGAAAGGAGGUUCUGCUUUGAAGUGGUUUCACCCACUAAGAGCUGUAUGCUGCAGGCUGAGUCUGAGAAGCUGCGCCAGGCUUGGAUCCAGGCGGUCCAGGCUAGCAUCGCUUCUGCUUAUAAAGACAUCACAGACAACUAUUACAUUGAGCGUUUGGACCGGACUGCAUCGCCCUCCACCAGCAGCAUUGACUCUGCUAGUGAGCCCAGAGAGAAGGGGUCUGAGAGGGGAGUUCGGGGAGGAGGAGGAGGAGGAGGAGGAGGAGAGAGCCUCCUCCAGCGGGUACAGAGCCUUCCAGGCAAUGACCUGUGCAGUGACUGCGGCCAAACGGCUCCCUGCUGGGCUUCGAUCAACCUGGGGGUGCUGCUCUGCAUUGAGUGCUCGGGGAUCCACAGGAGUUUAGGCGUCCAUUGCUCUAAAGUUCGUUCACUGACAUUAGACUCAUGGGAGCCAGAGUUACUCAAGCUGAUGUGUGAAUUGGGGAACACUGUGAUCAACCAGAUUUAUGAGGGAGGCUGCGAGGAACUAGGAGCCAAAAAACCGAGUCCCUCCAGUUCAAGACAGGAGAAGGAGGCCUGGAUCAAGUCUAAAUACGUAGAGAAGCGCUUCCUGAAGAAGAUGAGUGGGAGCGACGCGUUGGUGGAGGGGGAGAGGAAGUCUCGCACCUGGAUAGUGAAGAAGUGCCAUCGACACAACAGCUCGAUUCGAGCCCCCAACAAGGCCCGUAGGAAAUACCACCGCUAUGAGCCUGGCAGCGCCUCGCCUGCAAACCUCUCAGCAGCAGCCGCCGCAAAGUUUCGCCGGGACUCCUUGUUCUGCCCAGAUGAGCUGGACUCGCUAUUUUCCUACUUCGACACCGGCUCCGGGCCUCGCAGCCCCGCAGGUCUCAGCAGUGACAGUGGCCUGGGAGGAAGCACCGACGGCAGCACAGACAUACUAGUUUUUGGCUCAGUGGUGGACAGUGUGACAGAGGAAGAAGAGGAGUCAGAGGAGUCCUCCAGCGGGGAGGUGGAGAUUGAGCAGGAAGUGUCUUCAGACCCCGAAGACCCGAGGGAGCUCCACCCCGGGGCGCUGCUCUACCGGUCCUCUCGUCUGCACAACCUGCCGCUCAUGGCGGAGGCGCUGGCGCACGGUGCCGACGUGCACGCCGCCAGCGAGGAGGAGGAGGGCAAAACGCCUCUCAUUCAGGCCGUCAUCGGGGGCUCGCUGAUAGCCUGUGAGUUCUUGCUGCAGAACGGGGCUGACGUAAACCAGAGAGACAUGAGAGGCAGAGGACCGCUGCACCACGCUACCUACCUGGGGCACACUGGUCAGGUGUGUCUGUUCCUCAAGAGAGGAGCAUCACAGACGGAGGUGGACGAGCAGGGCCAUGACCCACUUAGUAUCGCUGUCCAGGCUGCCAACGCGGACAUCGUCACCCUGCUGCGUCUAGCGCGGAUGAACGAGGAGAUGCGGGAAGCGGAGGUUCCACUGGGUCAACCAGGGGUUGCCACCGGCAGCAGGAGAGCUAAACCCAAGGAUGUUCGGGAUAGAGUGAGUGAAGCAUCCUGGGUCGUCUUACUAGCGGGUUCUCUCUCUGCUCUGGUGGCUGCGUUCAUAUCGAAGGUGUCUUGGUCUGUCGCGCUUGCGGCCAGGCUUACUUUCUGCAAAAAAAUGUUUGGAGCUGUGUUCAUUUUCUUUUUGAAUCUCUUAACAUCUCUUUUUUUCCUGAAUGAGACAUUUCAAAGUAAAACUUCUUUUUAGAAUUGUUUUCUUUUCGUGGAGGAUGCAUGCAGUGUCUACAUACAGUUUAAAAUAUGAAGAUUAAUGAGGUUAAUGAGACUAAGUAAGUUAAAAAGUUGAGUUCAUAUUAUGAAAUGGACAGGGUGGAAAAAAUUGAAAGACGGUUAAUUGUAUGUGUCCUACCACCUUCUACUGAGGUUUUUUUUUUUUUUUUUUUUUUUUUUGCACUAUUACGAGGCUUUGGGGGCUUUGUUCUUUCAUGGGUUCAUGUUGCAAAGCUUUACGUGCUCUUUCACCCUGAAACACUGGACUGCGGGUUGUUGGAGACGGCAGGUAUUUCCCCCGACUCUCCUGUAAUAAAAAAAAAAAGGCUCAACUCGCAGACCGGUCCAGUCUCCAGUCCCCUUGACUUCAGUGUUCCCUGUUGCAGGUGGCAUCUCCUGUGUUGAUGUCUUUCGCCAGUUUUCUGUCCUCGCGUCUCUCCAGCCCGAGAAGUUGAGGAGAAGGAGCAUUCAGUUCAGCCGCUGCGAGAAGCCGUAGGGACCACAGCCGAGCAGCACCUCGUCUUGAUCGCCCUGCGGUCAAUAAGGGCACGAAAGAGGCGGCUGCACGCUGAUGAAAAAGACGCUUUGAUGCUGGGGAGUUAGUGCUGGAGCUACAUAACACCCAGCGAGCACUAGUUAAAACUAGGCUUGUCAUUAUUUGUAGUUGCUCUUGUCUUGUUCAAACGGCGCCAUUGCACAUUUGUCGUGUGUCAGAAGAUCUGUUGACAAGCAGUAAAUGGAAAAUCUUUUUAUUUUUAAAUGCAAAUGUUUCCACAGUCUUAAUCAUACUCUCCGUGAUGAGUAAACUGAACUUGGUGUUUUAAAUCAGUGAAGUAACCCUUUGAUGUUUGUUCAUAAUUUAAUUUUUUUUUUUUUUUUUUGACAAAAUUUGUCGUUAAAAAUCUUUCUAUGAAUUUUGCAGGUGGUGGCGUAAAUAAAAUAUCCUGAAGUUGGGAAG